AGAAUAUUUCAAGAUAAAAAUCUAAUUUAUUAAGGAAGGAAGUUUUGAGUGUCAUAGAAGAAAGAUGGAUCAAAGUGAAAUGAAGAACGAACAGGAAGAUGAUGAUAAGCAACCAAAUACUUAUCAUCAAGAAAGAAAUUUAAAUGAGGAUAAGAAACAAUUUACAGGGAAAGGAGACGUCAUCGAUAAUCUAUUGACUGCAGUCAAUCAAGAUUUAUUAGUGUCUAAACUGUUUUAUUUCUUCUUCUUUUCUGCUUUCGGUUCUCUGUUUCCCCUUUUGGGUGUUUACUUUAAGCAAUUAGGAAUGAAUCCCGAACAGAGCGGUAUGUUAAUUGGUUUCCGUCCUUUUGUAGAAUUUCUCAGCGCUCCUCUAUGGGGAAAUGUUGCUGAUAGGUUUCGUAAAGGUAAGACAAUGUUACUCUUUUCCUUAGGCUGUUGGAUUAUUUUCACUCUGGCACUUAAUUUUAUCCAACCGCCCGCUUCUUCUUGCAUGAUGUCUAAUGCUACACAUAAUGUUUAUUACGAACCCGAUGCUGAAAGGGAUAAAAGAAGCAUUGAAACAUACAAUGACUUAUCAAAUGUUUCCCUUCCAAUUUUGUACGAAACUGAAAACGAAAUAGAUAAAAAAUAUGAUCUAAAUAGUAAAGAUACUGUCGUACAAAAUGGCAGCACUUACCAAAUUCCAUACGAUCCCGAAGAAGAAAGAAAUAAAAGAAACGUUGAUGCUCAAAUAAAUAUUCAUAACAAACCUAUAGAUUUGUUAAUCAGAUAUAAAAGAGUUGUGCGUGAGGCAAAUGAUCAACUUCCGGUACGUUUUGUAGUAGGGAAAUCACCCCAAACUGUAGAUUAUACAUCAAAUGCUAACACUGAUAAAGACAAUUCGUACGUAUCGCCACCUUUCAGCUCCAUGGUAUACAAGAGAGAAGAUGUUCAAGAGGUGUUCUUCUUGCUCCUCCUCUUAAUUGUACUCGGAGAAUUUUUUAGUGCACCAGCAAUUACAUUAGCUGAUUCUGCUACUUUAUGUUUUUUGGGUGAAAAUAUAGAUAAUUAUGGAAAACAAAGAAUGUUCGGUUCAUUAGGAUGGGGAUUAGCCAUGUUUUUUGUUGGUAUAGCCUUGGAUCAAUCUAAAGUGUUUCCAUAUCAUCCAUGCGAACCUCAUGGACGUGAAAGGAACUAUACUAUUUGCUUCGCCACUUUUUCUGUGUUAAUGGGCUGUGCCUUUAUCUCUGCAACACAAUUUCGAUUUGAUUACGAAUCUGUAGAAGAAAAUAUACCCAUGGGUGCUGUUAAAACCCAGAUAGCAACAAACGAACCCAUUAAAACUGAAGAUGGAACAGCUCCAGCUAAAAGUGAAGUAUUCGCUCAAACAACUCAGCAUUUAUCAGAAUGGUUAGAUGUUCUUCGCACUUUUGCAACAAUACGUUACGCAGCUUUUCUAUACGUAACAUGGUUUAUGGGUUUCGGAAUUGGAUUAGUUUUCACUUUUCUCUUUUGGCAUCUUCAAGAUUUAGGUGGUACACCUACACUUUUCGGUGUGGCAUCCGUUAUAAACCACGUAUCCGAAAUUUUCGCCUAUUUUUUUAGUUUUAAAUUCAUAAAACAAAUAGGACACACAAAGGUUCUAUGCAUUGGACUUUUCGGUAAUAUCUGCAGAUUUCUUUACAUUUCGUGGUUAACAGAUCCGUGGUGGGUUCUACCAUUUGAAUUUAUACAAGGUAUAAACUGUAAUAAAUUUAAAUUAUUCAAAAUUUAAUAAAAUUCUGCGGUA